GUGCGCCACCUAUUGUGACGUUUGACACAUAUAAGAAUAGGCUACAUGAAAACACUAGUUACGUAAAACUGCUCGAUGGUGGCUAUAUUUUCUUCUUAUUAAAACGUUGGAAAGUUAGACUUUCAACAUGGCUGAAAACACGCAGUUUCGACCUAUGAAAUAUCCAUAUACAUUUGUGGCAAAAAUGGCUCAGUUUCCAUACAAAUAUUAUUGGACCCAUUCCUGGAUGUACAGAUAUAUGUUUUAUUCCCUUUUUAUAACAUUACCUGUAUUCUACAAAAUACAGAAAUUAUCAUAUAGCCCUGAAAAUGUUAAGAUUUGGGAGAAAAAAUGGAAAGAAUCAUUUGAAGGCACUGGUCAUCAUUGAGAUAUAAAUGCAGUGAUUAAAUAAAUAUGCAUUAAAAUUAAUAAUACACAUAAGAGAAAACUUGUAAUCUCUAUAGUGUACAAUUAGAAGAAAUAAACUCGAUCAUAUAUGUGAAAUUAUUUAAAGGAA